UACUACUCGAGUCUUACAGGUUGGUUAGGUGUUUUCAACCCGACGGAACGUACUUGGAAUGUUCUUGUUGUGCCGCCACCUAAAUGUCCUGAGAACUUCUUUGCUAAGAAUUGGUGGAAGGGGAAAUUUAUGACCGAGCAUCAUGAUGAUGUUUUGGUUAUUUAUUCCGGUUGCAGUCAGAAUCCGAUUAUAUUUAGGUUGGAUCAACCAAACAUAAUCUGGGAAAAGAUGAGUACUGUAAACGGGUUGACAUUGUUUGCAAGUUUCUUGUCAUCUCAUUCUAGAAUUCACCUGCCAGGUAUUAUGAGGAACAGUGUCUACUUCUCUGGGUUCACUUCCUGGGUUUGA